GUGCGGGAACCAGUCUAUAAAAUUUCAAGAUGGCAGCCUCCAUGCGGUAUGUUCCGUGCGAAAACGAAGGAAAGGAUGGUCUCAUUCUCGCAAAUUUCAACCAUGGGCGGCUGAAUGUGGCCGAGGAGAGUGGCCCCUGCCAGACUCUUAACUUUAAGUACUAUAAGCACACAGACCAAGGAGAUCAUCGGAAGAAGAACCAGCGAAUACUUGUUGCCGAGUCAAACACCAUGCAUUAUGUUGGGCAGAAUUACGGCAUACAUGCACCUAAACACACCUCCAACUGCAAAUAUUUAGUCGGUGUCCUUGACAAGAAGACGGGUAAAAUGAAAAUAUAUGACACGCAGUCGUUCCACCUGAGGCCAUGGUUUGGACAGACUAGGGGAGAGGAGGAAAGUGCCAAUGUAACUGGCAAAGAAGAACUGACCUUUUUACAAAAGAACGACAGGUUGACAGAAGCCUUUGGCAGUUCACGCAAGCAGCGUGCAUUGGAAUCACGGCUUCGCAGUGCCGUUACCUCCCAGGCACUGGAAACGCUGGCCAGCAAGGCAGUCAAGCAUGCUCAAUCACAGCCGGAGACUGUAAUGGUGCCGGAUGAUGAGGCUGACACUAGGGGCAUCCUUCCCCCUUGUAAUAAAGUAGCACAGAGUUUGAAAGAUGUGUACAACCUUGAGGACAUCAUUUCACCAAUUUGUAUGGAGAUGCUGAAGCAGGUGCCUGAUAUCAGCGUCUUGGAGGAAGCUACGAAAGAACAAAUUACAGACUGGAAAAAAGAGGGAAAGUACUCGGACUAUAUUUUGGGCCAUCUUGAGGAUCUACCAAAGGAUGCAGAAGAAAGGCAGCAGAGAGUGUGCAUCUUAGUAUUUAUCCACUACUUGCGCAAGCUGUAUGCCAUAUCCGCUAAGGAGAUCAGGGCUAAAAAAGUGGUGGUUGCGGAGGACCUACCAGAUGUCUUCAACCAACAUCUCCUGGAUACUUUCACUCAGAUGUCAGCCUCUGUGGAUGGGGUUAGAAUGCAAAGAUGUUUUCCUAGGAAACUCAAGGAAAAAGUACUGGUUCACAUGCUUACCCUGGCACUUUUGAUAGACGGCUUCAAGACAGACUUGCUCACCCUACAGAGAGGGAUGACUGCCCAAAUGCAUCUGUUCAGGAAUCAUGCCAGAGCUCUCGGUUGCAAGGUCAAAGUUGUCACCUCAAAAACGCCCAAAGUUCAGAAGCGAGGCAUGCGAUCACGACAGGAGGCCCCGACGACUCCGACUGAAGAUGAGGUCAUGGCUGAGUUGAUCCUGCCUAGAGAUUAUUAUUGGAGACCACAUGAAAGGAAAAAGGACAGACGUUGAUGAACGGACAGGUAGUGUGGUCAUAUCUGCACUAACUCAACACAAUGUGCCUUUGGCCUUUUGGUGUUGACCUUGCCUACCAGUGCAACAAAGUACAUUAAAGUUCCUGGCUAACCAGUAGCAUAUUAUCUAUGUUCCCAGUUUUGUUUAGAGUUGAACACAUUUGCAGAGUUAAGAUUGUGUUCUUGAGCAGGGAAUGUUGCCACAUUGAGUUGUCUUUGCUCUAAAGCCCGUUGGAUAAGGCCUUGGUCAUUUUGUGUUUAUCAUGUCUGAGAGCUGUGAGAGAACUAGUUUAUUAAUGAGCUUUGAACAUGCUUAAUGUAAUCAGUGGCACAGGCCCAUGGCAUUAUAGGGUUUGAUAAAGAGGCUGUACUGGCAAGCUUUGGCCACGAUAAUUAAUUGAAUAAGCCAUGACAAUUAACACAUUUGAAAUUCACAGUAGAUGGAGCAAUCACUGUCAAAGGCUUAUUAAAAAAUGAAUUUAGUAUGAUUAAGUUGAAUCAAAUUUAUUUGUUGGUGUACAAAAAAUGAUUCUUUUAAGUGAAAACAAUUCAAUGGUGGUCAUGAUUGAGAAAAAGCAUGGAAAUAAACACAUGGCUGAAAAUGCACGUUCACAGCCUUUCCAUUCACUUAAAUUUAACUUUUUAAUGUCAUGGUGACAUUUAAGUGCUUCACUUUCCAUGGUACAUUUGUAAUGCCAGUCUUAUUGACUCUUGCCUAGCCACUAAAGAAACAUAGCAAUUUAAAAAAUUCAAUUACUUGGGUUUUGACAUUGAAUGAAAUAGAGUACCGAAGUGAAUAUGUCACGUGCACAAUUAGUGUGUAAAAGGCAUUAGCGUAAGAACAGCACGCUCACUCAAUUUGUUUGCACUGCACUUUCUGGUUCACAGUGACGUCACACUUCGGUACUCUAUUUGUCUUCUGGUUUGCCAAAAAACAAAUUAAGUAUUUGCUGGUUGACUUGCAAGAGAUUGUGAUUGUAUUAUUGUCUCUAGAAAUUCUUCCCAGUCAGUUCAAGUUCGCUUGUGCUGUCCUCCAGAUGUGAUUGAACCUAGAUUAAAUCGUUCCAAGGAACAACGUAAUUGGAUACAGUCAGCAAACCCUGUGUGUAGAGACUUGCUCUUCAGUGACAGAACUGAUAGCUUGGUUGUUAUAUUACAUUCCAAUCCAUUAUUUUGUUACAUUUUGUUGGACCUAUUGGAUAUUUAUCCCAAGCUUCACUGUGUAACAAUAAACCAAGAACUACACUGCCGAGAUGUUUUUCCAGAAAACUUGUCAAAGUUUAGAGACAAAAAUAAACAACAAAGCAAAAAAAAACACCCCAACUCCCUAUUUUUGAAUUUGAUAUACUGCCAGAGAUAUACCUACAUUAAAAUUGAUGAACCGUGUUGAAGAAAAAAGGUGGUUUCGGGAACAUUUGGAUUGGCAGCUGCCAUAGUGGAGCAAUUUUUCUUCAUUCAUCCGUGAAGUCAUUCAGCCUUCAGAGCUGCUGAUUGACUUACCCAAAUCCUGUACUUCUGAGAGAAAGAGAUUGAUGCAUUUAGCGUCUGACGCUGCACUUCCAAGGUGUGAAGCGAAAUUAUCUAAUCAAAUUCCCUUGGACAAGUGACGGGUAUGCUACCGUGGCGACAACACUUCGUUUUUUUCUUUGUGGUGUUAUGCUUUUAUUCUACUCGGGCUGUGGAUGUGGUUUUAUAUAUUACUUAGGCAGCAUGCGUGUGCAGCUGAGAUGAUAAGGCACUAUUCCAAGUCUUGAGUGUGAAAAUGGCUUGUGUGAAUGAAACAAUGUGGGUGAUGAUCAUGUGUGUUGAGAUGUAGGCCGUUGGAAGUCAGUACAACCCUUCUUCUGUCCCUCUGGCUCUUGUCCAUUGAAUUUACAGUGGAAGUUAAUAAGCAUUGCAAGACUGAAAGUUCUCUAUUGAUUACAAAUCAGACCUGAUUAAAGGAAAUGUGUUACAA